CACUCUGAACAAAAACUCCCAGCUCUGAGCUCUGUUAGAGCCGGUUGCAUCGGCUUGGACGUGAUUGUGGAAGGAUUUUGGACUGAUUUAGAAUAUUUUGUUUACGUACAGUCCUUUAGCUAAGCUGAUAGGGAAAAUGGAAGUGAGGAAUGCCGUAGUUGGUAAAUAGGAGCUAGUGUGCUGCUAACAGUCGAUGGAAGCUAACCCAUGUUAAUAAAGCAUCUGUCUGUAGUCGGGCUGUUUCUCUAGAUUCCUGCUACUCGGUUGGAAUAUUUCCUGAGAAAGCUUAGUGAUGGAGGAAGUUGAUAAAAUCCUGAUUCACACUCUCAGACAAGUCGGAACGGAGGUGGGUGAGGACGUCGACAGGGUGAACCAGUUCACCAGUGAGUUGAUCGUGGAGGCGGUGGUCAGAUGCAUCCGGGUGAUCGAUCCGGCCCUGGGGGAAGGGCUGCCCACCUCCCUGCCUCCGGGCAUGUCUGCCCGCUUCAGGGUGGGCAUGAGCCUGGCCCAGGCCUGCCAGGACGUUGGCUAUAAAGGAGAGAUUGGGUACCAGACUUUUCUAUACAGUAACGAGCCAGAGAUUCGCUCGCUACUCAUGUACCUGGUGGAGAAAAUGCCCAGGGAGAGCUCUGAGGCCUCGGACCAGCCCACAGGUAAAUCGGCUGUCCUCCAUAGAGCCAUUGCUGCUGCAAUCAAAGGCCAGCUGGCUGUUUCCUGGGUGCCUCUAAACUGCAGGUUGCCAUUACACUGUGAAACUCAGAAUAAAGCCGCAUCGCACAGCUUCCACGUCCGUCCACUCAGCUCCCCUCACUGCACUAACGGCCAGAAGUUUCUCAAAGAGGUGAAGGACUACCAGAGAGACUUCCUCCUUCCCGUCACCGCUCAGUUUCCCAGUCAGACCUCUAUGAUGUCGUCCAUCUUGGAGCAACACACGGCGGACUUGAGCAGUGCUCAGGAGUGGGAUACCGAGUGGAAGAGUCAGGGCCUGCUGUCCCGCCUCACGCCACAGGAGUACCGCUCCAGGAAGCUGACCCGUCUGCGUAAACGCAUCGAAGAGCAGCUGCGCUCUGCUGCCGCGCCGUCUCCCGAAAGUGUCUUCAGCGUUCCCCGCUCCACCUCUGAGCUGUCUGACCUCUUGCACACCUUCAGAGGCUCCACCCCUUCUGACUUCAUCCUUACCAAGGGCAGUCAUUUCACACACACUCAGAAGUUUACCUUCACACAGGAGGCUGCGGCGGUAACGAGCCCAGUCCACAUGGGGCGGCAGUCGGAGGGCGAUGCUCAGCUCCGCCAGCAGGAGGAGCUAGCUGCCCUGCAGCAGCAGUUUCAGCAACUCUCCAGUGACGUCGACUUGAUGGUGGCAGACAUGAAGCACAUGAGUGUCACUAACGCUCAGGUAUUUGAUGAACUGAAGCAGAGGGAGAUGGAAAAUACUAAAAAUGAGGAGAAGAUGCAGGUAAAGAAGAAAACUAUUGAUCUGUUGCCAGACGCAGACAGCAACCUUCAGAAGCUUCAGUCCCAGGUGGAGGCCAGCGCCAACCGGGUGGUAAAUCUGGCAUCUCAGUGGGAAAAACAUCGYGCUCCACUUAUUGAAGAACAUCGCAGGCUAAAAGAAAUCUGCAGCACCAAAGACCUCGAGUCUUCCACAAAGCUUUCAGAGAUCAAGUCUCUGCAUGAAAAAAUCCGUGCGGCCACAGUGGAGGCGAAGAAGAAAGAAGAGUCAUACAAGCAGCUGGUGACUGAAUUGGAAAGCCUUCCCCAGGACGAGUCUCGAUCAGCGUACACUCAGAGAAUUCUGGAGAUUGUUGGCAACAUCAAAAAACAGAAGGAGGAAAUUACUAAGAUCCUGUCAGACACCAAGGAGCUGCAGAAGGAGAUCAACAACCUCACCGGGAAACUGGACCGGACGUUUGCUGUGACUGACGAGCUGGUUUUUAAGGAUGCCAAGAAAGACGAGUCUGUCCGCAAAUCCUACAAGUACCUGGCUGCCUUACAUGAGAACUGUAACCAGCUGAUCCAAACCAUUGAGGACACGGGAACAAUUCUGAGAGAGAUUCGAGAUCUGGAGGAACAAAUUGAGACAGAAAACUGUAACAAAACCGUGACCAACCUGGAGAGGAUCAUGGACGACUACAAAGCAAUCCGACAGGAGAACUCUGCGCUCGCCGCCAAAGUCAGAGAGGGCUGAGAGGAGACGCUGCUCCAUCGAUGCCAACGGCCGAUGGCUAAAAGCAGUCUGAGCAGCACAGGAGCAGCUCUUCAAGUAGAUGCUGCAGAGACUAAGGCUCACUAACAUGGAGACCAGCUGGUUUUUGUACCGUUAAGUCAUGCUAAUGCACAUCGUGAAUGAAUGGAGAGAUGGAUUUUGUCUUGUUCGUCUCAAACKGAAUCURCAGAGGAGCUCUGAUGGUCCAUCCACUGGUUUGUUUUGUGAAAUGGGACUCUGGACAGCAUACGGUGGCUUCAUGGUCUGUUUGCAGAGGCUCUUCUUUAGUGUCAAAUUGUUUGAUACAUGAAUUGAUGUUUGAUUUUCAGACGUUACGUGUUCUUUGUUGAUCACCUUUGAGCAUAAAAUGUUGAACAAAUGGAAUUUGAAUGUAGUUAAAUGGAAAUGUUUUCUAGAUUUAUCGGCAGAGUAUUGUAUACAUAGUACCAGCUUAAAUAAAGAUGCCUUACAGAUCCA